AUGGGAAAAGAUAAACAAUCUGAUCAGCCAAUUGAAAUGUUGGAAGCUGAUCAACUUGAACAAAUGGGACCGAUUGGUGGAUUGUUUGGUGAGGAGAUUGCAUUCCAAGGUAUCGUUAGUGUUAGCGAUGAUGGUACAACAUUCAAGCAGAGGAUAUUGGUGGUCGGUCGUUAUAAAUCACUGAUCAUAAAAAAGACAAAAUACGCCAAGACAUUGGCAAAGUCGAUACAUCACUACGAUCUCAUAGAGAUUGCAGAACCUUCGAUUACAGGUGCAGGUGCUAUCUCCUCACAAGAGUGUAUAGAGAUCAAAUACAAAGAUAACAACAGCAAUCCAGGUGCAAACAAUAACAAGGUGGCCGACAACAAUAGCAAUAAUCCAUUCUCUUCUCUCUACAUUAAAUCACCGGAUCGCAAAGUAGAGAACAUCAUUAUCAAAUCGAUUGUAUUCACAACUUUGACGAUAUCGCGUGGAUUCCCAGCGGAACUUAGAUUGAGAGUGACACUUCCCGCCAAUCGAUAUCAACCGAUUCAAUUCAAUCAUGAUUUCGGUGCCGACGGUAAAGGCAUUGCCGAACAAUACGUUGCACACUCACAUUACUUUAAGAGAAAGGCAACACUCGACUAUUUGCGUCAUCUUGAAACACUCUACCUAACUCGUUAUCCAGAGUUGGAUCUCGCUCAAAUCCCAGGUAUCGAUCCAACCUGUUCACUUGGUUUCAAUUUAUUUACAGCUAUUAUUACACUUAGACAUAAUACAUUUAUUAGAUCUUUAAAGAUUGUAAAUGUUCCACAUAUCAAUGUUAUUUCAUCGGUUGCAGAGAUGAUGUAUACGAAUACAGUGAUCUCAGAGUUGAAUAUCUCUGGUCUAUUAACAGAGCAAUCGUAUGCACCACUUGGUAGUGCACUACAGCAUAUAGGUCUGACCAGUGGACUCCAAAAACUGAUUCUCUCUAACAAUAUGAUGAGUUAUGAAUCGGUGGUUAGUUUGGCAGAUGGUCUUGCAGCAUUCAAUCACUCAUUGCUGCAUUUGGAUAUCUCAAAGUGUGACAUCUCACCGAGAGGAAUGGCGCUGAUCUUCCAGGCAUUCGAGAGAAACUUUGCAAUGUCACUGACACUAGAGACACUGGUGUUCUCUGGCAAUAGAUUCCAAGACACUGGUACCUCUGCGUUUGUAUCGUGGUUGUGUAAGAUUCGUGGUGCUCAUUCGUUGAAGGAGUUCCGACUGUCUGGCUGCCAGUUGAACUUUGGAAUGUUGGCAGCUGCUCUCAGAGCGGUCGAAGCUAUCGAGUAUUUAGACAUUUCAAAGAAUAAGAUUACAUUGGUAAAUGCCAGGCUGUUGGCAACCGAGGCAUUGAGUUGCUUCCGUUCAUUGCGAUAUCUCGACAUGUCAGAGUGUGGAUUGUUUGGCGACUCUCUGAGAACCAUCUUGACUUCGUUCGUUGCCAAUCAAAAGCUAUCACGCCAUUCUCUCACUUUCAAUCUAUCGAAUAACGGAUUCGCCGGUAACUCUAGCCAGGUUCUCGUCGAUUUGCUUGGGGAGUGUAAUUUCAUUGGUGGAUUGGAUUUAUCGAUGAACAGUUUGAACAGUCGUCAGCUCAUCGAUAUCAUGAAUGUACUCGCCAAAGUAAGUGGUAUGAUCGCACUAAAUAUUGGUUAUAACAGCACACCCGCCGAAGAUACAGCGUUGGUCGCUGCAAUCAUCGACUUUGUCGGACGUCAUUCGCAGCUGGCCAAGCUAGGAUUGGCAUCGUACCGUGGAUUUGGACAGACACUACACCCACUGAUUCAAUCGUUGAACAAUAACAAAUCGAUAACAGCAUUGGACAUCACUGGAAAUGAAAUGAACGAUCAUGGUGCAUGUCUUCUUGCCGACUGCCUGAGAAAUAACAAGUCGAUUCAAAAGUUAUUUAUCUCUGGCAAUAAGUUUACUUCGAUUGGAUGGCAAUCAUUGGCAUCGCCAUUCAUCUACUAUCGUAAUACAUCGGUGAUAAAAAUGGAACUUCCCGUACCCUCGGAUCAAAUCAUGACAAGCGAUGCGAAUACUGCUAUACUUAAUCCAGAACGACGUCAACAACUCGAGCUAACAUUCCAGAGUAUUAGAUUGCAUCUGGAGUUGAACAAAAACCGUGUUUCAGCGGCAUCUCGAUUCAACUACUUACCGUCAGUGGAUCCACCCCUUUUUGUUGCACCUCCAGCAAAUGUACCUGAUCACCUUGCAGCAGCUGCACCUCCAAGAUCUUCACACACAUCAACUAAUGGAUCAAGUUUGAGAGCCUCUGGUGUUGCAGAGACUCCAGGAAAACCAAUGUUACCAUCUAUUUUUGCUAAACCAAUUAAUACUUUGACACACUAUCUACCAAUAUUGAAGGAUAUGCCCGAUACAAUUGGAUCACUCACACCCACCAGAAAAUCAAAUGGUGCUCCAUCUUCUUGGGAUGAUGAUAAUGGCUGGAAGAAUAAAGAUCAGGAUGAAGAGGGUGAUCAUUAA